AUGGCCUUCGAAGCACAGAGCUCUCUGAAGGAGGAGCUAGAAAUACUAAGGCUGGUUAUUUAUAAGUCAAAGAACGGGCAUCGAGGGUCAAAGCUGUUUAGGAAGCUUGUUCACUUGAAGAGGCUUUCCCAGUCCUUUCUGCUCAAUAGGGUGAAGAGCAAAAGGGAAGAAAUCCGCAGAGUGAGCGAGGAGUUGUAUGUCCUGGCAACAUCAAACAUUCCGGAGGGACAUCUCAUCAGCUACACACUUAUUGUUUUGGGUCUGUGCUCUAGGAUUCACUAUUUGGUGGGCGGCAUUGAAUGCAUUGAAGAUACCGAUGAUAUUGAUGAAAUGUUUGCAGAGAUUGAGUAG